CAGAGAGGCAAGAGAACUAAUGGGUAGGCUUCUUAUUCUUAUUUUUCCUAAGGUCAGAAACGUACUGUUGCUCGCUCAUUUCAAUGUUUUAGCACCAGCACGCAUUUGCAGGGAUGCCCAGGAACCAUGGGAAUACCACUACCCAACUGCGUUUGGGAACCAAUAUGUUGAACAUAUUCUACUUGUCUGACGGUAUUCUGGGCGGCAGAAGACAAAUGGUGAAAAACUAGUAAUAAAGGACUUCCCCGUGAAAGCACAGUGCACACCAAAUCCUCAUCCUCUCCUUUUCAGCCAGCAUCUUCCUGGGUCGGAUGGCUCUGAACGACAAGAUGCAGUAAUGGAAGUCUACGUGCAAUUCAGCACUGUAGCCAUGAAGCAGCUCAAAGGGUAGGGUUUGCCGUGAGCUUGCCUCACCCUACCCGACCACCCACUCAUCCACCACCCCAUUCAACUCCACCUGAGAGGGGAGUCCGACGUUGAAGCAUAAUCCUGCAUCCCGACCCAUCUCCUCAACCCUCCCUCCACCACCUCCACCACGGCUUUGGAAGACGAACAUGACGUGCAUUGCGAAGACACUGGUUGAUGUCUGAUAUAUAUACCUCUGAGGUGUCGAGCGUAAAACCAGUGGCGCAAUGAAUGGCGGAAAGGACUGUGAGGCGGGAGAUGAGAGGCAGGCCGUCCCUGUCCAGGUCCCCAUUGGCUGGCAGCGCAAGGCGGAGCACAGCAGAGGGGUCAUAUACAUAAGUCCCAGCGGCUCAGUGCUGUCCAGCUUGGAGCAGGUGAAGACCUACCUGCUGACAGAUGGAACCUGCAAAUGCGGCCUGGAGUGCCCACUCAUCCUCCACAAGGUGUUCAACUUCGACCCAGGGGCAGCGGUCAAGCAGAGGACAGCGGAGGAUGUGAAAGCAGAUGAAGACGUCACCAAACUCUGCAUUCACAAGAGGAAGCUUCUGGCCGUAGCCACGCUGCACAAGAGCAUGGAGACGCACCCACCUCUGACACUGACCAGUCCAGGGGGAGGUACAACAUCUGUGGUUGCUGCGCACUCCAUGACUCAACGAGCAAUAAGGACUAAACCCCACGAUGUUCCGCCCAAUGCUGUUGUUCCCGACUGCAAGAGUCCUUUCAAGAUGAUGAUGGCAGCUGGACAACAGCAGCAGAGGCUGUAUCCACCCCAGGAGAUGGGUGGAGCCCAGCAGUCCGAGAUCUACUCUGGGUAUACGAGGCCACAGAGGUUGGGCAGUGUGGAGCCAGGCCCCAAAUCCCCUUACCGGGCUGGGUAUGGAGGCAUGCUGAGCCCACCUCCCUCCAGUGCUAAGCUGUAUGGAGAUGGCUCACAGUCUCCCAGUGCAGACACUCUGGGCAGCCCUGAGGGGUUCCCAAGGACCAAUCCUUGUGGUUUUCCUGGAGCUGGCAGUCCCGGCUCAGCCUCCAUCCAUGGGAAUACUAGGACGCCUCUCUCCCCACCCAGCGUGAUGCUCCAUGGCUCCCCUGCGGGCCAGCCAUCCUGUGCCAUGACAGGGAGGACUAGCACGCCCCUCUCCCCGACGGCCACUGCCAAAAGCCCUGUCAUGAACAUGAACAUGCCACGGGGGAACUUCCCCCCUGGUGUGGAUAUGCCCCGUGCAGCAUUUCACCAUAAAACACAGCCCCCUGUGCACCCCGUGCCGCCCCCUCCAUCCAUACCACCCUCCUGUGCCCUUCAGAAAAGGCAGUUGACCUCUGAAAAAGAUCCCUUGGGCAUCCUGGACCCCAUCCCCAGCAAACCAGUCAGCCAGCCCCCCACCAACGCCCCAAACCCCUCCAACUUCCAGCCUAACAUCCACUCUCAGGUACCAAUGAUGAAUGUAAACAUACCCCCUCCCGCCAUUGUUCCCUUGCCAAGCAACUUACCUUUACCCACAGUGAAGCCUGGGCCUGUGGGGCAUGGUGGCCAUGUUCAGAGGACUCAACAGGGUGGUCCAGCUUCCUCCAUGUCCCCCUCCCCUGUCACUUCCCCUGUUCACAUGGCCGGGCCUGCCCUUGGGAGAGUUGAGGCCUCCCCUCAUCGCUCACGCUCAUCCUCCACCUCCUCUGAUCAUGGGAACUUUGCAAUGCCCUCUGGGCACCAGGGCCCAUGUGGCACCAUGAAGGUUCCUCCUCGUUCCCCCAGGUCAGCUAUGGGAUCUCCCAGGCCAGCCAUGCCCUCCAGCCCCUCCACCAACAAAACAGACCCACUCCACCAGUACAAAGACUCCCAGCUGCUGCCCGGGAUGGGAAACUCGAUUGGCACCCAGCAGCACGGCAACCCCAUGUACUCACCCACCUCGUCCUCCUCGUCAUCCUCUUCUCUGGUGACCCCCAGCGCUUCCCAGAAGGGCCACCCAGGACUCCUGGGGAUGCCCCUCAACCAGAUCCUCAGCCAACAGAAUGCCGCCUCCUUCCCCGCCAGCAGUCUCUUGUCAGCUGCAGCCAAAGCACAGCUAGCAAAUCAAAACAAACUCAGCGCUGCUGGCAACAGCACUGCUGGCAUGACUGGUGGUGGAGUUGGUAUGGCAGGCAUGGGGGCAGGUGGCGGAGGUAAUGGUGGGGGUGGUGGGCAUCCUGGCCCUAUGAGUGGCCCUCGAGGCAUGGAGGGACACAGCACUUUAAACCCCAUGCUCCCGCCAAACUCCACCAUGCUGCUCAACACUCCUGAGGGCCAGAGUGGUCGGGCAGCUCUUAGAGACAAGCUCAUGGCCCAGCAGAGGGACCCCAUGCGCAAACGGAAGCAGUCGUCAGGCAGCGCAGCUGUAAACCAUGACAACAGUAACAACAUGGUCUACAACAUGCUUAACAAAUCAGGCAUGGGAGGACCCCACAUGCCAGGGCCCAGUGCGACUGAGCAGCUGCGAAAAGUGGGCCGACUUGGAAACCUUCCCCCAAACACCUCCAUGGCCCAGCUUCUCCAGUCCAUGAGCUGCCAGAGCUCCCACAACCUGGCUGGGAACAGCCAUCGUCCAGGUCUUAGCCCUGGUCCAGGGCAGGGUCCUCAAGGAGCUGCACAGCUGCACUACAACGACAGCACAGGCAUAGUCCCUGGUGGCCCUCAGCAGAGCCUCCUUGCCCAGCAGAGGCUGCGGGGUCCAGGAGAUGCCAUGCAGCACUGCCAGAACAUGGACACGUCUGGGGGCCAUCUGGGUUCUCGUCCAGGCCAGUUCCCUGACAUGAUGGCCCCAAUGCAGGCUUCCUCCAUGAGUAACUGUGGGCCUAUGGGGCCAGGCGGUGGACCGGUGGGCCCUGAUGGCAUGCCACUGGGACGCCCCAACACAAACCCCCCACCGCUAUCCCAUUCUGGACCUCAUCCAUCACAACAGAACCUCCUUCACAGUAUGGGGCGGACUAACAUGGUGGUGAUGUCACAUGGAGGUGGUGAUGGAAGCUGUACACAGACUAUUUCUGAUACAGGAAACCCGUCAUCCCUUGGCUGUGGUGUGGGAGGCCUGCAGCCACAUGUCAGCACUGGCGCAGGUCAGAUGUACCAGCAGCAGGUCCACCAGGGCAUGCAGCAGGGGGUGGCCUCCCACCCAGCCUACCAGGGCCAGCAGCACUUUCCUGACAACCCACCCUACACAGACAGCAACAUUGCCAACGCUGGCUCCAUGGCCUGCCUCUACCAGAACUACCAGCAGGGGAUGUUGCCUCACUCACAGUUUGGGGAGGGGCAACAGCCCCAGGGAGAGGGGCUUCCAGCGGGUACACCUGGCUCUGACAGGGGCCCCGGUGGAGGUCCGGAGUCGGUGGAUGCCAUCUACAGAGCUGUUGUGGACGCCGCCAGCAAGGGCAUGCAUGUUACCAUAACCACCACAGUGAGCGGGACCACACAGGCGAGUCCGGUACCUGCCCUCAGCGCCAUGAGUGCCUUCACUGCCUCCAUAGGGGAGCCUGUCAACCUCCCCCAAGCAGUUAGUGCAGUCCUGCGCGGGCACCAGGAAGGGGAGGCGUUACCCCAGCAGACCAGGCCGAGGCAGGUGAGGCCAGGACGGGGUCAGAAGAACAUGGAUCCAGGGAAAAGCACUCCAGAUGGCCCUGACGCCAAUGACUACUUCCGUUCUCCUGGCCGUGGGACUCCCAGGGGGCAAUGGGACGGGGAGACGCAGCAUGGGGGAGGUUUCGAUGCUCUCAGCAACAACAGCGCCUGGGGAGGUGAGGAGUUUCUGGAGUGUUCUACCCAGGUGAGGAGUAGCCCUUGCAUGGAGCGACCCGCCAGCUUAGCUCCCGCCCCACCCUGCCCCACUGAGGGGUCCAACGAUCAUGGCCUGGCCAUGGCCCACGAUAAGGCCUUUCUCGACGAGGGCUACCGCUUCACCAACUGCAGCCGGACACCUGCGAACUACAAGGAGCGUCUGGAGCAGACAGUCGAACGCUGCGCCCAUAUCAACGGUGCCACCCCACACUUUAACACUCGGGGUUACGGAGAAGUCCUGGGCCCCCCACGGCAGGAGCUGACAGGGGACGACCAGUCACCCAGUUCCUCCACUAGCCUGGAGGGUCCCCUGGCCACAGCCAAAGACUACAGCCACUACAACAGCCAUUUCAACGGUAUGGCGCCCAGCCCCUCGGACACAAAGAGCCUGAGCAGCGAGGAGGACCUGCGGCAGCCAGACUCUCCCUCCUCAGAGCUGCUCCACUACCGGUCCAGGACCUUCAACAUGGGAGAGCUGGUCUGGGGCCAGCUGAAGGGCUUUCCAUCCUGGCCUGCCAAGCUGGCCGGGGACGAACAAGUGCACAGCGCUGCUAUGCAGUUGCGGGAGCAGGCCAAGGUAGAGCCAGAGAAGCUAAAAACACUAACUCACGACCUGGAGGCACUUGACCGAGCCGCCAAAAGAGGCCUGAAACCGGGGAAACUGAAUAAUCACUUGGAAGCUGCUAUCCACGAAGCCAUGAGCGAGCUGGAUAAGAUGUCAGGCACAAUCCCGUCGAGAGAUCGUCAGGUGAAGCUCCCCAAGCCUAAGAGGAGGAAAAUAUCCAGAUAACAUUGAAUGUGUCGGCCCAAGAACGUCCUCAAAGCCUUCGGAGACUUUGUCCGUUCAGCCUUGAUGCGAUCUGAGCUCUCUAACAGGUGCUACACAUGGACUUUCAGUGGUACAUCUUUGUUCCAUAUCGACUUGACUUAAUGACUGACCACAGAAGGUGCUGGAAAUUCCAAUCACCAAUACAGUUUUAACUGUAGAAGACAAAAAAAAAGAAAAAAUUGAGAAAAACAUCAAAAAUGGUUGCAAUUUGUCUACAGCUCACUGAAUUAACUAUUUUUUUCUAGUAUAAGAUAGUAAAAUAAACAAAAAAAGCUACAAGCAUUACCUUACAUAUUUAAGAAAAAUAGACAGUCCAAAUAUUUCUGAUACAUUUUCAAUAUGUAUAUAGAUAAUCCUGAAAUUUCAUGCUAUUAAGAAAUGUAUGUAAAUAUUGUACAAUGUCAUGUACAAGCGUACCUAAUGCACAUUUUAUCUUUUAUUGUACAAAACAAAGCAGAAGAAGUGUACCAAUGUCUUGGUUUCUAUUCAGAAAUGCGGUUGCAUACGGCCGCAUGCAUAGGAUAAAUAAGAAUACAGCCUAAAGCUUUUAUAUGAUGAACUGUAAGACGUGCUUUUUUUGUUUUUGUUUUUUUUUUUGUUUCUUUUUGUUUUUUGGUUUGUUUUUUUAAAUGUAAGGGAACAGCAGUGGAACAGGCACGAGUAUAUGAGUUCUCCAUUACGAUAGCCACUUCACACCAGUUAAGUGUUCAUUUGUAUUGGGUAAAAAAAAAAAAAAAAGAUAAAAAACAGAAUGAACUUUACCAGCUGAAAGUGUUCAAUGUUCCCCUGAGCAGGGUGGGAAACGACCAGAGGCCGGACGAGUAUUGGUAAAUCUUCAUCUGCUCCACCAGGCACCUUGACAGGAAAAACAACAUAUUGGGAGAUCCAGUUUUGUGCUUAAAAAAAAAAAGAGUCUGGUUGGCAGGUUGGCAGGUGAAUUUUUUGGGUUACCUGACGUUUUUAGAAGGAAAAAUCCACCUUCAGGCAGUUUUACAUUUUGUGUUGUUGUUUGAGUUUUCGGAGUUUUGUUAAAAUUAUUUCCAAGAUUUUCCAGAACAAUUUCCUACAACUCACAGUGGUUGGGUUAAAUCGAUUACUUGAUUAGUCGAUCGAAUAUCUAGAGGUUUUGGCGCGUUGGGUGAAAAAAGAUGAAAGCUGAAGGCUUGGCUCUGAGAUGUUGGCAUUUCAUCGACUAAACAACAAAUCGAUUCAUCAAAACAAUAUUCUGCGGGUUAAUCAAUAGGUAAAAUAAACACCAGCUGCAGCGUCACCUGAUGGCUACCCAGCAAGCUAAAAUGUAGCUGUUUCUAUCAGUAUGUUGGUUACCUGGUUACCGUGAAGAUGCGUAUAUGUGCAGCAGGUCAGUGCUCUGAUUUCUCCCCUGCUGCUUCCUGAGAGGUUGUGGCAGGAAAUUGACUUUGGGAGGGACUUUUAGGAGGAAUCCAGCUGUGGCAAUCCCGUUUCUCUAAUCUCAUACUCUGGUUAGUGAAACCAGGUUUGUCGUUUACAUGGCGUUCAAGAAAUCGGCUCAAUAGGGGAAAGCUGGCUGUAAACUGGUGCAGAAAUUGGCAUCUGUGCCUCGUCUAUGAUGGAUUUCUUCUUUUUAUUAUUGAACACUACAAAUUGAUGUUUUUAAAAGAAGGCCCCACUUACUGUUGAUGUUUGAGGUCACAGAGACUUCUGUAGCUGGAAAUGUUUCCCUUGGCUUCAUCUUCUGGCCAGUUAUCUGUGGGAAGAAGUAAAACUCCAAACUGAAGUGCAACAUAAAAUCACCACUAACAGUGGAGCUGGAUGGAUUUUUCCUUCACCUACGACCAAGAAUCACAGUCUGCAUUGAUGAAUUAUUUCAUUUGGAUGUUGUGAUCAUGUUCUAGUGCUUGUUUGUACAGUGAUUUUUUUUAUUUUUUAUUUUUUUUCAUGACUGUAGUUUUGCCACAUCUAUAGCUUUAGGUAGAGGAACUGAGCUCAGAGGCAGAGUCUAGAUUAUCAAACAGUAACACUAACAUGCUUUUCAGGAGCAGUGAAAGCAUUUUCUCGCAUUUAGGGGCCUUGUGUUUUUAUUUUGUUUUAUUGUUUUUUUGUUGGUUUGUUUGUUUGUUUUGCUUAUUGAUGUAAAUUAUUUAUGUACAGUACUCCAUAUUUAUUUUAAGCUUUACAAAUAUGCUAGAUGGCAAUAAUACUACCAAGAGUUGAGAACUCAAGCCUUAUAUGUGUAUAUGUAUGUUUUGUUUUUUUUUGUUUGUUUUUUUAAACAAGUGAAUAGAUCAUGUAUUCAUAGUCCAUUACAAAGGUCUUUUCCCUUUUUAUUUAAGAAGUGAGCAUCACAGAUAACACUUUUUUACCAUGAGGCUUUCUGAGCUACUUGUUUUUGUUACAGACUGUGUCAUGGAUUUCUUAGUUGAAGAAAAUAACCACACUAUUUAUGAAUAUGCACGUGUGAAAAGGCAGAUGGCGUUUAUGUUGGUAACAAAUGCAGUUUUAACACUAAAAAACUAUCAUGAAAGUUUCAAGCCGGAAAGCAGAAUCCUCACCAUGAUAAUCGACCGUGAACGCACACAUACACACACAAACACACACACACAGGUGCUCCUCCUGAUCAAAAUCAACCAACAACCUGAAAUCACUACAGAAUUAUCAAGUGCAAUAUACCAAUCGAUGGCAAAGAUCAACCGUUUAGAAACACUGCAUCUCUGAUUGUUUGAAACCUUUUCUUUUGUACACACCUUCAACAACUCGGACUGUAAUUUGUUGCCUGUUUUCAAAAUGUCGGCAUCUCCUCUGACGUGUAAUCUGUUACCCUUUUCUUUUUCAGAUGUCCUGACCUAAGAGCCAUGAAGUAGUAAUUUAUUCGUAGCUUUACCUUUACACACACGCCACACUCGUUACGGCCAACAGCACAUUUAAUUCUACUAAGGUAAACAAAAUAUCUGAUGCAUCCAAAUAUCAUAUUACUAAAAAGCCGUUACUUGAACCAAAUAGUACACUACUUCACACAGACGAAUAUUACUCUCAAAUUUCAGUAGUUUUCAAAUGUAACCAUUGAGACAUAUCCAAAUAAACCAGGAGCUUCAAAGUCAAACUAUGAAUUACAGCCAAGUAAGCAAUUUCAACAGUUCUAACUUUAUUCGUGUGUUCACACUUUGAAGAACGUUAAAGUCAUUUGUACUGUAUUUUCUGAUGAGAUCUCUGACUUAUUUCAAAGUAUUUUUGACCUUUUUUUGUCAUGUGCACACUGAAAAAAACUCAAGGACUUUUUUGAAAAAGCUCAGUUUCUGUCCUGGAUUUGUAGCAACAAAGCCCGGUAACAUCAAGAAAAUGUCAGUAUUCAUUGAUGAAUAUCAGACAUCGGUGUUAGCUCAACCCAGUGUGGUUAUUUUCCAUUUUUGAUCAUGGAAAUUCUAAAUUUCUAAGUCAAAUUUUAUAGUCUGACGUCUAUGCUUUUCAAAGUGUCCCAGUUUUUUCAGUGUGCGCACUUUUAAGGAACCUCAGAGUUGAGUUUUACUGUAAACUGUGGCAAGGAAAUCCUCCGGCCUUUUUCAAAAUGUGACAUUCGGUGUCGAGAACACAUGAGCUCUUUCGGUAAAGUUCAUUCUGCCUCUCUUCCCCCGUUUUUUUUGUGCAAUGACAUGCAGGAACCUGGUCUCGUGUUGGGAACCCAUGUGUUAUGGAUCUGUUUUAUCAGUUUCAUGUUAUUUGUGGUCAAGAGUUCAAAGCAUUUUUGUGUUUCAGAUGGUCUGUGCAGUCUAUUUUUUCCUCCUCCAGCCUGUGACUGUGUGUGUGUGAGGGUGAUUAUUAUUUUUAUUUUAUUUUAUUUUUUCUGGUGAACUUGUUUCUGCUCUUUGAAUCUCAUUUCCCUCUUCCACCCUUUCCUUGUCAGUAUUUUAUUUUUUCAACUUGUAAUUAAGUAUAUAUUUUCUCACUAAUAUAUACUUUACAAAAAAUAGACUUGCGUGAAGUAUGAUGUGCACUUGAUUGCUCUUGUUUAUUUUUCUUUUUGCAUUAAUGUGGGCUAGGGAUAGUUUGUCAGAGUCCAUUAUUUUGAGAUUGUUUGGACUUUUUUUAAUGGUUUGAUGUAAGCAGCAUUUUUUUGUAAAUAUUGUGAAACAUUACAGGUCAUGCAGUGAUGUAACAUUUUGAACAAUGUUGCACAGAUGUUUAAGAUAUUAAAAACAUGGUCACUCUUA